AUGGCACGGACAUUAUCAGACGGUUGGAUGCAUGCACAUGCAGAAGACAAACUCUUUAAAAAACUCUUCAUCGGUUACAAUAAGUGGUCCAGACCUGUGCGGAAUAUCAGCGAUGUUGUUAUUGUCAAAUUUGGCCUCUCGAUCGCCCAGCUUAUUGAUGACGAGAAGAAUCAAAUGAUGACAACAAAUGUUUGGCUGAAACAGGAAUGGAACGAUUAUAAACUGCGCUGGAAUCCAUCUGAAUUUGAUAAUGUGACAUCUAUUAGAGUCCCAUCAGAGAUGAUUUGGGUUCCUGACAUUGUUUUAUACAAUAAUGCGGAUGGUGAGUUUGCGGUGACCCACAUGACCAAAGCCCACCUGUUCCACACUGGAAAGGUGAGUUGGGUUCCUCCAGCCAUCUACAAGAGCUCAUGCAGCAUUGACGUUACCUUCUUCCCGUUCGACCAACAAAACUGCAAGAUGAAGUUCGGCUCCUGGACCUACGACAAGGCCAAGAUUGAUCUGGAGCAGAUCGAGAGCACCGUGGACCUGAAGGACUACUGGGAGAGCGGCGAAUGGGCCAUCAUCAAUGCCGUGGGAACCUACAACACAAAGAAAUACGACUGUUGUUAUGAGAUCUACCCGGACAUCACCUACUUCUUCAUCAUCCGCCGUCUGCCUCUGUUCUACACCAUCAACCUCAUCAUUCCCUGCUUGCUCAUUUCUUGUUUGACUGUGCUGGUGUUCUACCUGCCAUCAGACUGUGGAGAGAAGAUCACGUUGUGUAUUUCUGUCCUCCUUUCCCUCACCGUUUUCCUGUUGCUCAUUACCGAAAUCAUUCCCUCGACGUCUCUGGUCAUUCCACUGAUUGGAGAGUACCUGCUCUUCACCAUGAUCUUUGUCACCCUCUCUAUAGUCAUUACUGUUUUUGUGCUUAACGUGCACCAUCGUUCACCAAGCACCCAUAAAAUGCCCCGUUGGGUCCAUUCGGUGUUCCUGGACCUCAUUCCCCGCUGGCUCUUCAUGAGACGCCCGGAACCCGAUCAGAAACGCCACAAUAUGCCUAACCUCAGCACGUCCAAAAGCUGGCUUCAGCAGGAGACGGAUGUGGAUGGGCUGAACUGUCGGGACAAGGAGUUCGGGUUAGGGAUGGGAAUAUCCACGUCCAUCUCGUCCCCAUCCGCCACGUCUCUGCAUCUGUCCGACUUGGAGCCUUUGCUCCAGAAGUACGAGCUCCAGCAGUUAGGACAUGUGGUGAACUUGUGUCAGUGUUCAGCAAAUCUUACAAAUCUCGUGUCAGACCCCAGUCUGACCUUCUCACCGUGUGUCCUACGAGCUCUGGACGGGGUGCGCUACAUCGCUGAUCACCUGCGUGCUGAGGACGAAGACUUCUCAGUCAAGGAGGACUGGAAAUACGUGGCAAUGGUGAUUGACCGUAUCUUUCUGUGGAUGUUCAUCAUCGUGUGUCUGCUGGGGACGGUCGGCCUCUUCUUACCUCCCUGGAUAUCAGGAAUGAUCUGAGAGC